AUGGCAGCACCCAAAUCGCCAAAUCGUUUGGCCGUCCCCCUGACCCCGGAGAUGGUAGACAUCCAGGGUGCGUCGGACCGGGCAGAAAUGCUGGUCGGCCGCGUGCGUUCGCGAGGGCGCUAUCACAAGUUCCAGGAGAGAAGACUGGAGCAGGACUACACGGUGGACAAGGGCCACGUGCUUGGAAGUGGCGCAAAUGGCCAGGUUUGGCUUGUGCGCAGCCGUCACAACAACCGAGCUUUCGCAGCCAAGACAUAUCGGCUAGCUGGCAUCUCUGAGCUCAAGUGCAAGGAGAUCGAGACUGAAGUUGAGAUUCUUCUAACCGUCGAUCAUCCAAACCUGGCUCGCAUGGUGGAUGCUUACGAGACAAAGGCCUCACUCACGCUCGUCAUGGAGCUCCUGGAAGGAGGAGAACUCUUCGACCGUAUACUCGCUGCAGGCCAUUUCACCGAGCGUGAUGCUGCAGAAGCAAUUUGGCAAAUGCUGCUUGCCAUCAGAUAUCUGCAUGGUCUCGGCAUCGUGCACCGGGAUGUCAAGUUGGAGAACUGGCUGUACGAGAAGAAAGGUGGCCAAGACUUGAAGCUCAUUGACUUUGGCCUCUCAAAAUUUUGGCGGCCGGACAAGAGCAUGGAAAUGCGUGUUGGUACGCUUGACUACAUGGCGCCAGAGGUGCUUCACCGGAACUACACGUCAAAAUGUGACCUGUGGAGCCUCGGUGUCAUUGCCUACACAUUGCUUGUGGGAAGCUUCCCUUUCUCUGGAAGAGAUGGCGACAACGCCAUGCUGCAGCGGAUAGCUGCGGGAAGGUUUGCGACGGAACGUGAUGCCUGGAAAAAUGCCUCGCCAUCUGCCAAGGACUUCGUUUGCAAGCUGCUGACGGUGGAGGCUCGUCGGCGACCCGAUGCUGACCAGGCCCUCCAGCACCCCUGGAUUUCCAAGCGCGAGUCAGUGGCUCGCAGCUAUGUCAGCAAGGACAUCGUCGAUGCACUUUGCUCUUUCUCUGAAGCAUCGGCCUUUCGCCGUGCUUGUUUGCUGGUCAUGGCCAUUUCCCUCUCCAACGAGGAGCGUGCCGAGGUUCACAAAGCCUUUCUGGAGAUCGACAAGGAUCACAGUGGCACGAUUACCCUCAGCGAGCUUCGCAGUGUCCUCGAGGAGAAGUUCCACAUUGAGGAUGCAGCGGUAGCCAGGACAUUCCAGUCGCUUCAGUCCCCACUGUCCAGAGACGAGGUGAUUAAUUACUCAGAUUUCCUGGCCGCGAUGAUGUCAAAGCGCAUCUCCAUCCAUGAUGAUCUUCUGCAUGAUGCCUUCGCACGGUUCGACACCGACAACUCUGGCUACAUCACGCUGCCGAAGCUGAAGAUGUUGCUGGGGGAUUCCCUGUCAGAGUCGGAGCUGAAGCAGGUGAUGCGGGAGGCGGACACGGACAAGGAUGGCUACAUCUCGAUGAACGAGUUCGUGCAGUACUUGCAGUGUCGACGCAGCACAGAGAGGCAGCUCCAGGCAGCGCACUCUGCUAUCGAUCGAGAGCUGCGGCGGCCGAGUCAGCAGAAGAGAGUUUCUGUGCGAGAGCGCAGGCGCAGCUCCGUCAUCGUAAAGAAAAGUUCCACCGCGCCGGAGGAGGUCAGUUUCAGUGCUGUGCUGACAAAAAUCGCGGAGCUUUGUAAGCCCAUCUGCUGCGGCGGGCCAUGUGGUACGCUCUGGUCUCACUUUAUUCAGUCCAUCAGUUAG